AGCUUUUAGAAACGAGCAGAAUAUCGGCACCGUGCUUUUCGAGAGGAGCGAGUGUGGAAAGCAUUGCUGGACCAGUGAGGAAUUCACCAUUCUCAACAGUCGCAGGAUGUUCCAGGACAUCUUACCCAAGGUGAGAGUCAUCAACAUUCAAAACGAUCAGUACAUUGCACUGUUGAUGGACUACUUCCACAUUUGCUUGGAGUGCGUCCGGAAAUUGUCAAUCGGCAAGACCAAACAUCUAAUGUUGAAAGCUCUGGCGGAUACAAUGGGUGGAUAUCUACAAGUCUACAUAUUACCUUUAACAAGGCAUUCGUAUUACGCCGGGAACAUUAAGUAUCGGAACGCGAAGAGGCUCUUCGAGCUCUUCGACGAGUUGAAGAAUUUCCUCCACACGAAUGGAGUCGGAUGGAGGAAACCAGCCUUAGAGACGAAACGCGUGAAAACGCCUCCGAUAAUUAUUACACCGCCUAAAACGUCCGUAGCAUGCAAUGGUCUCAUUACAUACCCUGCACGUAAGUCAAUGCAUUGUUUAGAAUUUUUUUUUACAUCGCCCUUUGCGUCCAGUUUAAUAAUAAAUAAGCGUCGAAGAGCUUGCGAGGUGGUAGAAUUGAAAUUUUCCCCUCGUCGUUUCUCUUCCGAUGUGAAACUUGUAAUUGCGCAUUGUUCCCUUCCUGGAGCCGAUGCUAGAGAUAAUCGGCAUUUCGCCUUCAAGGGGAAACGAUUCGCACAUUCUCGGAGGCGGCGGUCCAAACAUUUUCCUAGAACUGUUGGGGGACAUUCCGUUUCGCAAGCAGGGCCGAUUAUUGUUCCUCUACCUUUCCUGGAUGACGAUACAGAGCCUAACAGCAUUGCGCUGCCGUUUAAGACUGACAAUUUGCAGUCGCUUUAUUGCGAAAAGUCGGCCUUUGCCUUGGUGAAGUAUUACGUGGCUAGUGUGAAGUGCAUUUUGUCACGCUCGAAAACGAGGACGGAGAUCAUGAAGUUCAACAGAGAGCUCUUCGAGUGGCUGCAACAAUCUGUCUACAGCCAUUUGGAUGACGAAAAGUGGUAUCCUGCUUUUGGUGGAGUCCUGAGAGUGAUGACGUCGUUGAAGGACAGUGGAGUCGGAGAGGGCAUUGCUCAAGGAAGUCGAGGAGGAGAAUACCAAAUGAUGCCAAAAGUAGUUACGGAGACUACAAAGCAGCAAGAAGAAGGAAUUUCUCCACUUUACAGGGGGAGAGAAGGAGAGAACGAUGAAAACGAAGUGACUUUUGGAACUACGGAAUUAAUAGUCAUCGCUGUAGGAAGUGCAAUUCUGGUAUGGUUGUUGGUCGGCUUGACUUUGGUCUGCUACAGGUUUCUUGCAAAAAAUUCAGACGAAUGUUCUCCAUGUGAAUCGCCAAAUAAUACUCCCGUGGCAGUUUUGUAUGAAAACACGGAUUACUGCCAGCCCGACACGUGUCCUUCGAAAAAUUCACCAAGUGGUCCUCUUCAGAGAUUUAAGGAAUGUUGGAGGAAUAAAUUCACUUCCUGUCCCGAUGGAUGUGAAAGAAACGAAGACGAGGAGCGUUGCUUGGCUGCCAUGAGCUACAGCAGUAAGGACACCAUAGAAGUCUCGAACAGCAGUAAAAUAUGCUCGAAAAAGUUGUACUCCAAGUCUGUCUCGGUGUCGCCUUCGGUCUCACCAAGGGAUUGCUCCUCCAGGAAGGGCUAUUACAGUUCCGAUGAGAUUUCGACAAACUCGGAGAGUCCACCAAAGUCGAGGAUUUGCACCAGCAGCGGCAAAGAUUAGACAUCGAACUUCAAAGAAGAAGAAAGCUUCGAGGGAAUUCGUCGAUGGGAUUAAUUUAACGAUUUUAAGCAAAUCGAGCUUUAGUGGAAAAUGCUCCUCUUGCAGUGUCCUAGUCUUUUCGACAUCCCGUUAAAAAGCCAAGACACUGGUGCAUUUUGCGACGAAAUAAA